AAGGGUUUAGUAAGGAGCUGUUGUGUGUCAGCUGGUGGAUAUUCACUGUUAUCUACGCUAUGUUAGCGGGAUCGUGAACGGUACAUUUCAAGGCAGGUACACCGUCGUUCGUGAAGGUAAACGGUCGGUUGGUAGUCAAAAUGGUGAUUCUACGCAGCAGCGCCGGAGCCGGAGCCGAGUCGGCGGCAUCAACUCCGAAGAGGAGGACGAUGGAGUUGGAUACGAGCGCCGAGUUUAUGUCGCUCCUUCCCGCGUCGCAAAGAAAGUCCGCCCGGCUGACACGGUCCUCCCGGGGCCUGGAUGACAGCUUCAGCAGCCCCGAGCACACCACGGCCAAUGGGCAUGUUGAUCUGAAGCAGGACGAGAGAAGUGGUCUCCAGCACUCUCUAAGGACCCGGGGUCAGAGAGUCAAACUUGAGGUUUCUUUUGCUGACAUGGAACCAAAAACCAGCUCCCCUGUGAAUGAAGAAAAUAUUGGAGGAUGUUCCACAAGGAAAUCUUCCAGACUGCGAGAGGGCAAAGAAUCCAGCAGCAAACAGCAAGCAGAUGUUCCAGAUGAAGUGGAGGGGUCAUCAACUCCAAAGAGGAGUCGCUUUAACCUACAGAGCCCUGAAGAAGAGGAGGAAGAGGAGGAUCGCUCUGUGAGACGAAGUUCCCGAAUCACCAGAUACGGCUUGAACUCCCGUAAUCAGUCAGUACUGUACGACAGACUCAUCACCAACACUGCUGAAGCUGUUCUCCAGAAGAUGGACGACAUGCAGAAGAUGAGACGCAGACUGAGGAGCAGAGAUAGAGACACUAAAGAAGAGCAUCUUGGCGUGUACACCAGUAGCAGGAUGACAAGAUCUUUGAGGAACAAUGUGGAGAGUAAAGACACAGAGGAGGAGAACCAAGGAGGAGAUGAGGAUGAUGAGGGCCAUGACGAAGAAGAGGAGGAGGAAGAUGGAGAAGAGGAGGAAGAAGAUGAUGAUGAUGAUGGUGAGGAUGAGGAUGAGGAAGAAGAUGAGGACGAGGAAGAAGAAAACCAAAGACGUUAUGACUUCAGACAGCGAAAGACCGUGGUUCGCUACCAGGCCCCACAGGACGAACCAAGAGAGCCCAGAAAACGCAGCAUGUACUUUAAGGACCAUUCCUCACCAACCAGACGCAGGUUCAGAUUCAGCUCCACAGCCCCAAGGAGCCCCUACAACAGGAGAAGAACCAGCAGGAGUAGUUCUGAGAGGAGAAGACAUGCCAUCCACAGCAGCGACUCCACCUCCUCAUCCUCAGACGAAGAACAAUUCCAGAGACGGAGAAGUAAGAACAGGAGCAGGUCGGUCAACAGAUGUCUGCCUAUGAACUUUGUGAAAGAGGACCUGCUGGGAAUCCAUAAGGACAGGAUGAAGAUUGGAUCAAGCCUUGCUGAUGUGGACCCCAUGCAAAUAGACAAAACGGUUCGUUUUGAAAGCAUUGGAGGUUUGAGCAGACACAUCUCAGCACUGAAGGAGAUGGUGGUCUUUCCUCUGCUAUACCCAGAAGUCUUUGAAAGGUUCAAGAUACAGCCCCCGAGGGGUUGUUUAUUUUAUGGCCCACCAGGAACAGGGAAAACCCUCGUAGCCAGAGCGUUGGCCAAUGAGUGCAGUCAGGGAGAAAGAAAGGUGGCUUUCUUUAUGAGGAAAGGAGCCGACUGCCUCAGUAAGUGGGUGGGAGAAUCUGAGCGACAGCUACGACUGCUUUUUGAUCAGGCAUACCAGAUGCGCCCCUCCAUCAUUUUCUUUGAUGAGAUCGAUGGUUUGGCUCCUGUCAGAUCAAGCCGUCAGGACCAGAUCCACAGCUCCAUUGUGUCGACGCUGCUGGCUCUCAUGGAUGGAUUAGACGCUAGAGGAGAGGUUGUUGUGAUCGGAGCAACAAACAGACUCGACUCCAUUGACCCAGCUCUGAGAAGACCAGGACGCUUCGACAGAGAGUUCCUCUUUGGUCUGCCUGACAGAGAGGCAAGGAAAGACAUCCUGAAGAUCCACACCAGACAAUGGACACCCACGCUUUCUGAAACUUUCCUGGAAGAGCUGGCAGAUAAAUGUGUUGGUUACUGCGGAGCAGACAUCAAGGCGGUGUGUUCUGAGGCUGCUCUGUGUGCACUGCGACGUCGCUACCCACAGAUCUACGCCUCAUCGCAGAAGCUUGUGCUUGAUGUCAACUCCAUUGCGAUCACAAACAAAGACUUCAUGACUGCUAUGUCCAAGAUGGUCCCAGCUGCUCAGAGGGCAGUAGUGUCACCAGCCAAGGCCCUGAUACCAGCCAUUCGUCCUCUGUUGAGCGCCACCCUGCAGAACAUCCUGCACAAUGUCAGCAGAGUGUUUCCACAUGCAGAGCUCGGUUUAAAGCGGAAGAGAGAACAUGAUGUGGCCAGUGGUGCAUCUGAAGAUGAGGUAAUGUUCAGUGAGGAUGAGGACUCAGAGGUCCUGUCCAGUGGACAGACGACUCUCUCCCAACUCAGAGCACCGGCUGCUAAUGGACUCCUGAACCUCAGCAGGAGUGUUUUGAGCCACCCGACCUCAUACCGGCCGAGGCUUCUGUUGGAGGGCAGACCAGGCUCGGGUCAGAGCUCUCACCUGGCUCCAGCUGUCCUCCAUGCUCUGGAGAAAUUCACUGUUUACACACUGGACAUGGCUGUGCUGUUUGGAGCCAGCGCUACUGCACCAGAAGAGACUUGUGCACAGAUCUUUGUUGAAGCAAAGCGGACCUCUCCCAGUAUCCUGUACAUCCCUCACAUCGGACAGUGGUGGGACACUGUGGGCCCAGCUUUAAAAGCCACCUUCCUCAGCCUGCUUAGCUCAAUCCCUGCGUUCUCUCCUAUACUGCUUCUGGCCACAUGCAGCCUGAGAUAUGAACAACUCAGUGAGGAGGUGCAGGAGUUGUUCCGGGUGGAGUAUGGAGAGGUUUUUCACGUCCCUGUCCCCACCAGCAGAGAAAGAAGAAACUUCUUUGAGGAUCUUAUCCUCAAUCAGGCAGCAAAACCCCCCUCCUCUAAAAAGAAGGCUGUGCUUCGAGCAUUAGAGGUGCUUCCUGUUGCCCAACCACCUCCUCGUCGUCAGCUGACUGAGGAGGAGACACGGCGACUGGAGGAGCAGGAGGAGGCUACUCUCAGGGAGCUCCGUCUCUUUCUGCGUGAUGUCACCAACCGUCUGUCCCAGGAUAAACGCUUCAAAGCAUUUACAAAGCCUGUGGAUUUAGAAGAGGUGCCAGAUUAUGCAGAGGUCAUCAAGAAGCCGAUGGACCUGUCCACAGUUCUCACAAAGAUUGACCUCCAUCAGUAUGGGACCGUCAAAGAGUUCCUCCAGGAUGUGGAUCUCAUCUGGCAGAAUGCCCUUGAGUACAACCCAGACAGAGAUCCUUCAGACCGUCAGAUCCGUCACAGAGCAUGUGCACUAAAAGACACGGUCCAUGCUAUCAUCAGGGAUGAACUGGAUGAAGAUUUUGAGAAGAUUUGUGAGGAGAUCAAAGUGUCCCGUAGCACAAGAGAUUGCUCUUCUGUGCGGUUUGCUCCAUCCUUCUACCAUGUCCUUCCCAAACCAUCUAAACCUCCAUCUGAGGUGAAGAUCACUGAAGUAAACCCACAAAGAGAGCUGGCCAGACCAGCAGUUGCUGUUACUCCAACUACAAGUGCCUCUUCUCCUGCAAUUUCUAAAAACAUAGCCCAAAAGAAGAAAAGGCGGAGGAGUCGCUGGUCUGCAGGCGUCUACAAAAAGAGGAAGUCUUUGUCCUCCCCUCACACAUCCAGAGAUGACACACAUUUGGGAUCUGACGACGAAGAGGAAGAUGGAGAUGAUGAGGAGGAAGUUGAGAGGGGAGUAGAAGAAGAUCAGAUGGCGGUGGAUGUAGAGUCAGGGUCUACGUCAGCUCAGGAGGGGAGUUCUGUAAAGGAGCAGGACAGUGAGGAGAAGAGCCAAGCUGCUGAAGAAAUGGUUAACCCAGGAAAUGAGGAAAAAACACAGGAUGAAAAAGAGGAGAAAGAAACAGUCACAGAUGACAAAAGAGAGUUAGAGGAAAACAAAGAGGUGUUGAAAGAGGCAGAAAAUGAGAGCAGUGAAACCAUUACAGUGAACGCUAACAACAAUGACAACACUGAGACAGAGGGAGACACUAAGGAACAAUCUACCAACACAGAGGAGAGGGAGGAAACUAGCAGCCAGAAGGUAACUGAAGCUGAGACUGACGGAUGUCAAAGUGUAACAGAGACAGAUGAAGGGCACAAGAAUGAAGUCACUGUAGAGGAGGCAGAGCAGAGCAGCCUAGCUGGACCUAUGGAGGUGGAGGAAAUGGAUACAUCAGCUGUGAAUGAUGCCACUGCUGCUGAAAGAGGAGAGGAAGACACAGGAACAGAGCGAAGUGUGAGGCGCAUGACUCGGGCUCUAAAGAACACGGUGCUGCAGCAGCAGAUGAUUGAUGUGGACAAAGCUCUGCAGAUCCUUGAUCAGGAAAUUCCCCCUCUAGUGGUGGACAGAGAAAAAUUAAAGGAGCUGUUAGAGAGAGUAGUGUCAAAGACUGAAGGCUACGAAGUCUACAAGCUGGAGAAGCUCUACGCUCUGCUCUGCCAGAGCAUCUAUAGACACAGACGAGAUUACAACAAAACAGCACUAACACAGGAAUUGGAACAAGAGAUUGAAGACUUCUGUUGACUCCUCUAGACAAUGUGACCAUUUUUUCAGUAAUUACACUCACCACCCUCUCAACUUUGUAAAUAUACAAACACUUGUUCUAUUUUCAUAGACGUCUAUAGUCACCUCUAUUUGUGCAUUAGCUAAAACUUGA